AUGGACCGUGGCUACCGCUCCAGUUCGUCUCGCGCCGGUCCAAGCGACGAGACAGCCUCGAAGCGGCGCCGAGUCGAAACACUCGCUCCCGAGACCGCUCACGAGCGACACCAGCGCCUGUUCCGCCUGAAGCAGUCGUACGAGCGUGGGCGAGUACCGCCUAAGCCGCAGUCGAAGCACGAGCUGGAGAUCCUGAAGGAGCGGCACCAAUUCGUGAGGGAUAGCGACGUCGAUCCUGCGGCACUGACGUGGGAGGACCAGCUCGCCUACAAGUACUACGAGACUCUCUUCAAAGAGUUUGCAGUUGUCAACUUGAAGCACUACAAGUCAGGCGCAAUCGCCCUCCGCUGGCGCACCGAAGACGAAGUCCUCUCCGGCAUUGGUCACCUCACCUGCGGUUCCCUCCGUUGUCGCUACCACGAGCCCUCGCCCUCCAUGCUUGCCUCUCUCGAAGACCCGGACGUUCCUCCCGACCCCGAAUCAACCGCUCCGCUCGUCGAGACUACCCUAGAGGAGCUCGAAAUGCCGUUCGGAUACCUCGAGGGAGGGGUGAAGAAGACUACGUUGGUCAAGGUUGUACUGUGUAGGGAGUGUGCGAAGAAGUUGCGGCAUGGGCGGAAGAAGGCCAAGGAGGAGAGGGAGAAGAUGGCGCUGGUCGCGGCGGGCCGGACGAGUGUUGCAGGUCCCCGUGAUGAGGCGAAUCGACGAGAUGGAGAGCGGAUCAGGAGCAGACAUGAAGAGGGAGAGGAGCGGUUUCGUCGAGACCGGCGGUCAAGCGGAAGGAGCGGAUCCAGCGAGGACGAGGAUGCCGGUCCGGGACUUCCGCCCGACCUCCGGGACGAGCGACGGCGACGACAGAGCACUGAGGCGCGCCAUAACGACUCGAGCAGUCGGUCAAGGCGGAGGUCCGCCUCACCUCGUCGCUAUCGUUCUCCUCAGUAG